GCAUUGACACGAUGGCAUUAGCGUCAAAAUAAAGGUUCAAAAAUGGCGAUUUCUACUCUCACUUCGAUCGUCUCGUCGUCGGCCGUUCGUCGCCGAUUGCCGAUAGUUGGUGCUUUUUGUAUACUAAGUUUAGGGUUCCACAAUCUUCACUCUUCAGCUUCUCUCUCCUUCAAUCCCCUAACUCGGCUGAGUUUCGGUAGCAAAACGCACGGAUUUCAUAGUAGUAGUAUAAGAAUGGAAGCAUCAAAUCAGAAGACCGUGCCAAGCAUUGUUGUUUACGUGACUGUACCAAACAAAGAGGCAGGUAAGAAAUUGGCAGCCAGCAUUGUGAAAGAAAAACUUGCAGCUUGUGUUAACAGAGUACCAGGUGUUGAGUCUGUGUACUUGUGGCAAGGAGAGAUACAAAACGAUUCGGAGGAACUUCUAAUAAUUAAAACCAGAGAAUCCCUUUUGAAUGCUCUAACAGAGCAUGUCAAGGCAAAUCAUGAAUAUGAUGUUCCUGAAGUGAUUGCAAUGCCUAUAAUGGGUGGUAGCAUCCCCUACCUGGAAUGGCUCAAAAAUAGCACCAGGGACUGAACCGACCCCCUUAACCUUACCAACAAACAGGUUCCACGGACAGGUGAGUAACGCGUAAGAACCUGCCCUUGGGAGGGAAACAACAACCGGAAACGGCUGCUAAUACCCUAUGCCCAUGCUAUGGGUUGUUUCAUGCCAUAUAUAUAAUAAGUGUUUGUGAACCCUUCAUACUGUCAGAUAAUUAGUGUUUGGUUAUUUUUAAAUAGAGUGAAUCGUGGAUUUGGUCCGUGUUCUGAUAUUUUUUCUUGACUAGGUUCCGUAUGGUAUGUUUAUUGUGGAUUUGGUC